AUGGCGCAAUACGUAUGGUGCUCGGCAAUUGAGAAGCAAAUUCACUAUACUCUUCUAUUUUCUGUUGGUAUGCCAAAUUCUCUAAGUGACCGAACCCACUUGGCCGAGCUACGUUAUCUGGCAUCGGUCUGUGACGAAAACGUGGUGAUACUCAAAAUGGACGACGAUGUUGGAUGGGAUGUUCAACGUGUUUCCGAGUUCGUGAGGAAUAACCUAACUUCACACGAACUCUACUGUUCUCGGUAA